GUAUGAAUUUCAUAUAGUGUUCGCAGGUUACAAUAAAUCAGACAAUUUUUCAAUUAAACUUGAAUUAAGAUUGGAAUUGUAGUGUAGUGCGCAAGGACCACUAAUCGUCGGACACGGAAUCGAGAACUAUUUAAUGGAUCCGACUAUCGGUUGGUAUCAACCGGAGCAGUUCGGCCCUGCUAAGGACUUGUGGUUACACAUUUGGGAAGCUGAGAAAGGUCUGGAUAUCUUAACGCUGAAGAACGACUCGUCCUCGAAUGUGAUGGGUGUGAAGCUUCAGCAGGACUUCAUAUCCUUGGAUCAGAUGAAUUCUCGUACCAGUGGUGAUCGCAUACAGCAUAAUACUUGCAACAGCUAUUAUAAUCCGUCGCGUAGGAAAGGUGAUAAUCGUGCUAGCACCUACGGCAUGAACUACAAUUACGAUGCCUUAGUCGGUGAAUACGGCGGCUGCCCGUGGCGAGCACCGAAUAAACAUUAUUCGAAGGGAGUCAUCGGAUUACAUGAAGAGAUUGAAGAUUUUUUUGCUUACAUGUGCCCUUCUAACGAAGAGCACCAUUUGAGAAUGCACGUUGUCAAAAGGAUAGAACAAGUAAUAUAUGAUCUCUGGCCAAAUUCUAAGGUUGAAAUAUUUGGCAGCUUCCGUACUGGUUUAUAUUUACCUACAAGUGAUAUAGAUUUAGUAGUAAUAGGAAUGUGGACAAAUCUUCCGUUGCGUACUUUGGAGCGUGCUUUGUUGGAUCAAAAUAUUGCCGAGCCAUCCUCGAUUAAAGUUCUGGAUAAAGCUAGCGUUCCGAUCGUUAAGUUGACUGAUAAAGAGACCGAGAUUAAAGUAGACAUCAGUUUUAAUAUGAACAAUGGUGUUAAGUCCGCUGAGUUGAUUAAUUCAUUUAAGAAGCGAUUUCCAGUAUUGGAAAAACUAGUUAUGGUGUUAAAGCAAUUCUUGUUACAAAGAGACCUGAACGAAGUGUUUACCGGUGGGAUCUCUUCAUAUAGUUUAAUACUUAUGACUAUCAGUUUUUUACAGUUACAUCCCAGGCAAAAUGCUUAUACCUCUGACGCUAAUCUCGGAGUGCUAUUAAUAGAGUUUUUGGAAUUAUAUGGUAGGAAAUUUAAUUAUGUUAAGACAGGGAUUCGUGUAAAAGAUGGCGGUACUUAUAUAUCGAAAGAAGAGGUUCAAAGAGAUAUGAUAGAUGGCCAUCGACCUUCCUUAUUAUGCAUAGAAGAUCCACUUACGCCGGGGAAUGAUAUCGGUCGUAGUAGUUACGGUGCUUUGUACGUAAAAGAUGCAUUUGAUUGGGCUUAUUACGUCCUUUCGCAAGCAGUUAGUCCUUUAAAUAUUUUAGUUAAUGACGCGAGUAAAACAAGUAUACUAGGAAGAAUAAUUCGCGUAACGGAUGAAGUAAUAGAAUACCGCAAGUGGAUCAAAGAAACAUUCCCAGUACCUUUGAACGAGGUAGAUUCGUUGUCAAGUUCUACUGGAUCCGAUGCUUCAACGUUGUCCGCUCCAGCCAGUGACACGGAUUCCGAAUGCAGUCGUGGAAAUUCUCCUAACACUAGUGGGAAAGGGGAAGACAGGAAUAAAGAAAGGAACAUAUAUAAUAACCAACACACUCACCAUCAUUCGCAAUGGAAAAAACCAUUUAAAGGAACUGGCCAUGGUAAUCAUCAUCAUAGUUCCAGAGGAAAUUAUCAUCAUCGGGGGAUAAACAAUAACAUAGGCGGACAGAGUAAAGCAAAACACUCCCUUCAUCCUAAUGGGAACAACAAUAAUAGCCACAGUCCGAGUUCAAGGUCGCAGACCGUGAAACGAAAAAAACAGUGCAUCACACCUCGCGGCACCGGGGAUUGUGUACGGUGAUGAAACGUGCAAAAUAACGUUGGACCUUGUUUCACGUUUAAGUAGAGAGCUCAAUAUCAUAACCGCGUGUGGGUGAAAAGACAUUGACGAAGGCUUUCAUCGCGCAACUAAAUUAUCCUUCCUACAUGUAGCGUCGGAGCUCGAUUGUCUGUAAUCAGAUGGAGUUGCCAAACUGUUUCUCCUUUUAUUCCUACGUGGACAAAAGAGCGGCUUCUGGUAUAGUUAAGUUCACUUCUCUGGAUACAUUUUCCUUCUCUUUUCUUUAUCUGUACGAAAGCGUUUACGUACCAAAGGCGUACAGAACUGUAACAUAGAUUCAUUUAGCUUUAUUCUUUAUUUUUUUCUUUUUACAUUACUGCACAUUUUACAGAAAGAGAUGUGUAAUAUUUUAUUAAGUAUUUUGUUUAUAAAGUUAACAAACUGACAGCAAUCAUUGAAUAGCAAUUGUGUUCAUAAUCAUGGUAAACUCUCAUUGUAAUACAUUUAUAUAUAUAAUACGAAUGAUAUACAGAAUGAUUAUUUACAGUGCAGUUUUCUUAAAGAAUUUCACGAAGAUGUAAAACGCAAGCUCUAAUAACGAUAAAGACUUAGUUUUCUAUAUGGAACUAUAUUCUUAUAACAAACAAACAAAAAUGGGGUAACAGAAAAAUUGGUGAUAUUGGGACUUACUUGUUGUAAAUACUGUAAUAUAUAUACAUACAUAUAUAUACAUAUAUAUAUAUAUUAUCGAACGAUAUAGAAGAAUAAGGCUAAGAGUUACCUACUAAAUUUCUUUUUAUCUUGUACGUAUCGAACAUAGCGUUUACUAUUAUGAUUUUAUCAUUUGAGGGAGUCAUGGAUUGGUCCAUGUGAUCACGCGAAUAAUUGUCUAAUUAACUUUCUCUUUUCCCCCUUGUAAUAUGUAAGUCUCCAGUACUGUUGUGAAAAUAUUUUGGUAUACCUUUCGGAUUUUAAUAAAGUUAUAUAUAAGUUCGUGUGCUGAUGAUCAACCAAUUUUGAAUAAAAAAAGAACAAAAAAUA